AUGAACGCCUACUUCGAGAAACAUCUCAGCCUACCCAAAGACGAAGCCGCCCGACUCCAAAGAGAGUACUCGCGGCAAUACGGCCAAGCACUUCAAGGCCUAGUGCGCCAUCACCAGAUCGAUCCCCUUGACUACAACGCCCAGGUCGACGAUGCUCUUCCGUUGGAAGACUUAAUCAAGCCAGACCCACGACUACGGCAAUUCCUCCAGAGCAUCGAUACCUCCAAGGUUAAACUGUGGCUUUUGACGAAUGCAUACGUCAACCAUGCCUCGCGAGUUAUCAGGUUACUAGGGGUCGAUGACCUCUUCGAAGGGCUGACUUAUUGUGACUACGGUCAAGUCCCGCUGGUCUGUAAGCCACAUGAAGAUAUGUUUCGAAAGGCCAUGAAGGAAGCAGGUGUCUCAGACGUUGGGAAUUGUUAUUUCAUCGAUGACUCGUAUAGCAACUGUUCCGGGGCGCGAAAGGCUGGCUGGACAGCCCUUCAGUAUUUGGAAAAAGGCUUGCCAGAGCCUUCUGAGCCUGCUGGACACUAUUGUAUCCGAAACUUGGAAGAAUUACAAGAUGCGCUGCCACAGUUCUUCAAGACACUUAACUAG